CCCUGGCAGACUCGGCCCGUCCAGCUGGACUUUCCUCCUGCAGCCAUGAGCUCUGGAGCAGCGGCAGGGCCGAUCUUCGCCGAGGGCGAGGAUUGCAGGGCGGCCUGGAGGGAAGCCACAGCGGGCUACGAUGAGCCCGAUGCCCACCUGGAGAUCCUGGGCAAGCCGGUGAUGGAGCGCUGGGAGACUCCCUACAUGCACUCGCUGGCCACCGUGGCUGCGUCAAAGGGCGGCCGCGUGCUCGAGGUGGGGUUCGGGAUGGCCAUCGCCGCCUCCAAGGUGCAGGAAUUUGACAUCGAGGAGCAUUGGAUCAUCGAGUGCAACGAGGGCGUUUUCCGGCGCCUGGAGCAGUGGGCCAAGGCACAGCCACACAAGGUGGUGCCCCUGAGGGGGCUGUGGGAGGACGUGGUGCCAACGCUGCCGGACGGACACUUCAGUGGGAUCCUGUACGACACCUACCCGCUGUCUGAGGACACCUGGCACACGCAUCAGUUCAACUUCAUCAAGGGCCAUGCCUUCCGCCUGCUGCGGCCCGGAGGGGUCCUCACCUACUGCAACCUGACCUCGUGGGGGGAGCUGCUCAAGAGCAGGUACAGCGACAUCCAGAAGAUGUUUGAGGAGACCCAGGUGGGGCCGCUGCUGCAGGCAGGGUUCAGGAGGGAGAACAUCAGCACCAGGGUGAUGGAGCUGCAGCCGCCCCGCGAGUGCCGCUACUACUCCCACCCCAGGAUGAUCACCCCCACCAUCCUCAAACACUGAGGGGCCCAGCCCGGGGAGCAGGAGCUGAUGAGGAGGAGAAAAGCUCUGAUCUCCUUUAAAGCCCCUGAGACAUCGAAACUGAUUCAGCCAGAGAUGGGUGAAGGCUUGGGAUGGAUUCCAGGGGACAAAAGGACAGGAAAGUCCCUGCCCCAGAAGCCCCUUGCCCUGGAGGGGUCUUGUGGGCUUUGUGGAAGAUCUCACCCUGCUCUGUCCCCUCAAGACUUUGAAUUCUCAAUUAAGCUGGAAUUGCAGAGCGUGGGCUGGAGCCUUUGGCCAAACAGGUUCCAGAACCAGCCAUUUCCUCUAAAAACUGGAUCAUUUUGAGAAAUCACAGAGUGGCUUCCCACAAGAGUCAAAUAAUCCAAAUCAGGUGGGAGAAAUGGGGCAGUCUGAGGCAUUUUGAGGCAUUUCAGCUUCUCCUGAAGCAACUCCCCAGAGAAGUUUCCCAACAUUUUUGGCCAAAGCCCACAGCAGCAAAUCCUGACCCCAACCCCCCCUCACAGCUCAAUAAAUGAUGUUUCCUCUCUCCCCAGAAGGGACAAAGUCCAUUAAAAGGAAUUAAAUACCCAAACUGC